AGUAAGGUUGUGAGUGAGAACGGAUAGUGCACUCCGACGUCACAUAAAAAGCCCGCGAAUCGCGUCGACUUUACCGAAAUCGUUUAAAAACUGAAUUAAAGUGUUAAUUUUUAAAUGCGUUUUACAAAACUUUUUUUAUGAAUACCUAUUACAAUUAAAGUUUUUUAGUGAUUUGUGUUGAAGUGGUGAUAUUUAUCAAGAAGUUUAAGAGGAAUAUAGGUGGAAGGAUGUUGAGUAAGCAGUGACGUCAUGCAACCAUGAGUACGAGAAGCCAUAGAACGAAGGUACAUCGCGGCUGGUGGAAGUCGAGGCUUAUACUAGCAGCGAUCACUCUGGCAAGCGCUAACUCUCAGGAUAUAUCGGCGUGCUGCGAUAAAGCCGUUGGGACAUGCCGGAGCGUAUGCGAGAAGAUGUCCCUCGUGGAGAUAGCUUCGGACUCUGCAAUGCGGGAGGAGCGAAUACAAAAUAUUUAUAAGUUUUGCAUACCAAACUUGAUAGAGUUCUGGAUUUGUAUGAAUCAAACUAUUCAAGAGGUGGUCUCAGGCUCAGGAUGGUGGGGAAGAGCAUGUUGCUCGUUAGGGCACUCACCGAGCUGUCGCCGCGCUUGCGCAACUGCCGCGGAUGCUAGUGCGCUGUCCGAACCUUGUCGUCGAUCUGAUGAAAUUGCUUUCUUUGACUGCGUUCAAAGGCAACAGGAAGCUCAAUGGUGUUGUUCUCAAACACAAUCUUUAAGUUGUCACGAAGCAUGCCAACGUGCGGUAUGGCGUGUUGGUCAGACGCGAGCAGACAUAGGUGUUCGGGAGAAGGCAAUGGAGCUGUGCGACCAAUCACCUCCAUUACUCCAUUGUCUACGAGACCUUACUGUAUCCACUGUUCACACUGAUACAUCUAAAUAUUUACCAUGUUGCCACGAAUCUCCAAGUCAAGAAUGCCGAAGCACCUGCGAAACAGUACUCCGACGUACUGGUGAGUCUCAAGAGAUAGCAGAAGCUUUAUCACAGGAAUGCGGAGCGCCUGCUUUACACGACAACAUGUGGCAAUGUUUCCUCAGAAAAGACGCACCCCCUGAAACCAAAGAUGUGAUACCACACGAUGUGGCUAAGCUACACUGUUGUCAAAAGGGAGCGACAAUAAAUUGCCGAAGACUUUGUUUCAACACUUUUAACAACGGCUGGCAAUUAAAUGGGCAAAAGUUUUAUACUGAGUGCCUUGGAGAUCCACAAGAGAUGGAAAUGGCAGAAUGUAUAGAAGAAGUAGAAGCGCCUUGUACCCUUGGUUGCUCGGGAUUAACAUAUUGCAGUCAGAUGAACAACAGACCAACAAGUCUAUUUAGAUCUUGCUCCUCUCAGGCAGACCUAGACGCACAUUCAGCUGUAGCAGAACAAAAAGGUAGCGGAUCGGUGACAGUAGCAGGACUUCAAUUACCGCUAAAGAAUUCAUCCCAAUGCACGACCGAUGUCUGGAAGAGUGUGGCUUGUGCACUGCACGUCAAACCAUGCACAGCAAAGGGUCACAGUAGUCUGCUAUGCAUGGAGGACUGCAAGAGGUUGGUCUCGUCGUGUGUUGAAUGGGCGCGCGCAUCUCUCUCUGCCACAGCACUGUGUGCAAGACUUGCUCCCUCCAGCGAGAACGCUCCGUGCGUCUCUUUGCGGGAAUUUAUGGCUCCUAGCGUUGACCCACCUUUACUCUCCGCCUUGGAGGUCGUAACAUCUCCCUGCGCAGGUUCCCCCUGUAACGGUACCCAAGUAUGUGUUGUCAACAGAAAUUGUCUCCAAGGAGGCUCUUGCUCGAAAUAUACUUGCAUCGAUGGCUGUCCUUUAGGCGAUGGAAGUUCCUAUAUUGUGCCUAUUGGAUCAUGGGUGAGGGUGCCUAUGACUUGCGCUUCACAGAAAGUCUGCAUAAAGAUUUGUCGAUGCAGCAACCGAGGCCUGUCGCACUGUCAGCCAUUACCUAGCGUGGCACUUGAUAACUGCCGGCUACACGACAAAGUUGUUAAACAUGGUGAGAAGUACUACAUGGAAUGCAACGCGUGCGUAUGUGUGGCUGGAGAGCGAGUUUGUGCAAGGCGUGCUUGCGGACACGCUGCUCUGCUGACAGGUCUCCCGUGCAACUGUCCACCCCAUCACCUGCCUGUACACUCACCUGGAAGACUUUACCCGAACGCCUGCCUUGCCAAAUGCGCGGGAGCAACGGAUGGAGACAUCGACUUUGGGUCUCGAGGUGCGUGCGCAGGUGCGGCUUGCGGGCGACAUCACGCAUGCCUUCCCGCUCGUUCUGUCUGUCUGUCGCGUCUACAAACAGCCUGUCCACAGUUUAAAUGCGUGAACAUGACAGCUUGUGGUGCACAACCGAAUAUACCAGUUUGCGACACAGAUGGACGCACGCAUUCCAAUCCCUGCCAUCUUGUCAUGAGUGGAAGAAAACUGGCUUAUUGGGGACAAUGUUUACGUGGUUGUUCUUCAACUGGCAUAGUGUGUGGAGUCAACGGUAUUACGUAUACCUCGGAGUGUGCUGCUUGGGCAGAGUAUGUCAGUAUCGACUACAUUGGUCCAUGCUUCGCUGUUGGGCCCAUCUCAAAUAGUAUGGAACCCAAGUGUCAGUUUGACAGGAUCGUUUGUCCUCCAUUGAAGAAACCGAAUUGUCUCGGUUUUACUGCUCCUGGAGCAUGUUGUCCUAAAUGUGGUGGAGCUUUAAGGAUGCUUUAUUCCAAAAAGCAAAUAGAUAGGGCGUUAUAUGGCACUAACAUAUCGGCGAGCGUUAUAAACUUGCACAAUGUAUUGUCUGCUCUUGAUAGACAUGUCAAGGUGGCCCAAUGUGCUCUACGCGGAUAUCUUAGUAUAGAGAUGGAAAUAUUUGUAACUGUGGAGUCAAUAUUGAAAAACCCAACGGAUUUACAGUUAAAUGUCUGCAUUUUGGAGGCUGAAAGAUUAGCAGAUCUCAUCAACCGAGAAAGUGCUUUAAUAACCAGUGAUUUAGGCUUAAGUGCGCUAUCAUACGCCUUGGUUGUUCAUACUCAUCCAACACAAGGUGCUUCUAGUAUAAGUUUAUCUCUUUCUGUUGUACUUCUAUCCUAUCUAUUAAUUUUUGUUUUAAGUUGAAAUAUUAACGACUGUAUAUUAUCUAAGAUAUUAUUUGUAAAUAGGUUAUUGUACAUAUGAAACGUUAUACGCCAAAUAGUUAGUGUUAUCUUGAGAUUAUAAAAUAAUGCUUUGGUCUGCUUUACCUCGGCACAGUCGAUGUUGUAGAAAUUUGAUAUUGUGAGUUAAAUGUGCCAUUGAUUGAAGCUUUAUAUAUGUAUUUGCAUAUUUUAAAUAUUAACAGUACAUCCAAUAGACUGAAAUAAGCAUUUGUAACAAUUUUACAAAAGACAUUUUAUGAAGUAGUCCUUAUACCAAAUAUGUGAAAGUUAUUUUUGUUGUUUUGUUGAUAUAUUACG